ACUUUACUUAGAUUAAUAUCUUACGCGUUCUUACGACUCAUACCAGGCAGGAUAUUCGUAUACGCAAUUACACUCCUUUACCCAGCUUAUAUUAUUUGCUUUUUAAAAUCAAAGAACACACGCUCAUUUAGCAGUAGUCCGGUUAAAGCUCUCUUGUUUGGUAUUCCGUCGAAUGACAAUCAAUAUAAUUGGGCUAACUUUAUCGUAAACACUAUUAUAUUUGCAAUGACUCAGGAUUUCUUAUGGUCACCUCUACUUUUACUUCCAGCUUCGAAUGUAGCAUUUGCUAGACUAGGUCAUGUGACAGAUGUGUCUGCAAAGGUAGUAGCACGCGUCCCACCACCAAACUGGGUAUCUCAAGAUUCCUACGAUGGUACUGAUCAUGAACCACUUGCUAGAGUUAUAUACAAAACCCGAGACAGUGAAAAUUCUUGGUUGGAUGGUCCGACUUUCGCAGGAGCUUCACCUGAAUCCGAUUGGAUGGACGCUGUUACGUUAGAGAACCUCUGGCCAUCAAAUGAUUACGAUUACAGCGUAGUAUAUCUCGAUGGAAAGCGUAUACCUGGAAUUCCUGAGACAUUGCCAUUAAGAACAUCCCCGGAUCCAAAGUUGACUUCAAUCAAGGCUUCCAUGUGGGGCGGUAAUGGUGGUACUAAACUAUCAUUCGUUUCUGGGUCUUGCGUUACUUUAGGUUUCCCAUAUAGACCAGCAGGUCACUUUAGAAUACCAGGAUUCGACCUUCUUGCUGAACACAUUAAGAAACAUACAAUGGAUUUCAUGAUUUUUCUCGGUGAUUUCAUCUACGCGGAUAUUCCGCUCAGUAUUGGUACAUCGCCUGAAAAUUACUGGAGAAAAUAUCGUCAAACUAUGUCUUCAGAUUCGUUUAGGAAAGUUUACGAGCAAUUACCAUUCUAUCAUAUGUAUGAUGAUCAUGAAAUUGCAAACAACUAUGCAGGUCAGGACAACUUAAACGUAUCUCCAUAUAGAGAGGCAAUGAUCGCUUGGAAAGCUUACAACUCAGCGGGUAAUCCUGAUGCUCUCACACCAAAUCAUAGUUAUUUCUCAUUUGAUUAUGGUGAUGUAGCAUUCUUCACAUUAGACACACGCGCUCAUAGAUCUGCUAAUCAAGAAGAUGACGGUCCAGAGAAGACUAUGUUGGGCGAAACUCAAAAGAUUGCUCUCCUGGAAUGGCUUAGUGAGGUAAACAACACGGCUACCUUUAAGUUCAUCAGUUCAUCAGUUCCAUUAACGCAGCUUUGGAAAGGCGUUGAUGGACAUCUCGAUACAUGGGCAGGAUUCAAGAAUGAGCGUAAAUGGCUCUUAGACAUCCUUCAGUACGUGCCUAAUGUCAUCAUCUUAUCUGGAGAUCGCCAUGAAGCUGCUGCAGUUGAAUUGAGAGAUGCCAUCACCGAGUUCUCGACAAGCCCACUCAGUCAGUUCAGUGUACCAAUAAGAACAUUCAAACAAGACCACACCGAAUGGAUAAAAGACGUCGUCAGAAAGGAAGACCUCAAGCAUCUCUAUCCAUACUUGGUAUCAGACGGAAAGGGAAGAUUAUCUCAUCCUGAUUCUUUGAUACAUACUACAGUAGAAGAUGGAGACUAUGUGACGAUAUCCAAACCAGAAGAUCGGGUGCUGGCAUAUCUACCAGACGGCUUUGUCAAAUGGACGACAUUCGACGUUGACACGACGAGUUCAAUGCCAACUGUAAACGCGACAAUUUGGAUAGACGGCAAGGCUACAUGGAGUAAAGUAAUAAAUGGCAAACCAAUUAGACAGUCAAGCAGUGCUUUGUCCCUUAUUGACUCAGUAGGCGAUAUAUUUGAUAGUAUUGGAAUGAAAAUCUUUAGCUUCUUUUGAUAAUUUAUGAAAAUCUAGUUUUGUACAGUAUAAUUCCCAACCUAAUUAACCUAAUCUUAAGCCUAAACCUAAGCCGGCGAUGAAUGUUGCGCGACUCUGGAAGUCUGCGGUGAGGAAGUCUACGAGUCUGUUCCAAACUCUAGCGACUGCAACACCAUCAGAUGUGCUAUUAUCUCCAACUUUGCGCUUGAGUGACGCGUUGUAUCUUCUACUGAUAUUGUCCCAUUUGACGACAAUGAGACCUUGUGAGCGCAUGUAUUGCAAGAAUACAAAAGCGGCACCAAUGAAGAAAGCAAGUAUUUUUGCACCUUUCUUAAGGAAUACACCACAGCAGAUACCACAGACUGAACCAAAUCCAAGGUGUCUAUAGUUGACAAUGCUCUCUGGAAGAUCCUCUAUAUCCUCGUCUGAUUGCGUAACUGGUGUAGGUUUAAUCUCAGAAGCUUCUGGGCUAGCUUCACACAUAACUUUCUUGUUAUGCAUAUUAAAGGCUAAUAAUCCACCAGUCAAUCCAAUAGCACCACCAGCUAUCGAUAACUUGGCACUCUGUGGAGACUGCAUACGAUAGCAGAAAGGAUAGUUAUUCAAUCUAGCAGAUCUCCUUACCAUCUGACUAGUAGAUUGCGCAUAUCUUCCAAAUCUAAACAUCCUCAACGUUUAACUUGAACGUCCAACUCCAUCGAUGACAUCCCGAGAUCAGAACGGCGACGUCAACGAAAUAGAUUUCUACACACCGCUAGCGUCAGAACAGAGAGAUGAUAUAGAGGAGUAUGAUGAUAACCACCAAGAUUAUACUGAGGGUGCAGAUGAUAAGGAAAUCGAGAGCGUCGGUCUCGAUAUCGCACAUAGACGGCGUGAAUCGCAACUAGAAAAUCUCAGUGAUGGUUAUAGUGGCAGUAUUUUUGGUGGCCCAGAUAACGUCUCAAUUCCUUCCUCCGUCGUUUCAUUCAGACACGGUUUGGGCGGAUCUUCACACUCGCGUAGACCAAGUCUCACGCACAGGAGCAGCUUUGGUAGUGCCAUCUCAGAUGGUUCCGAUAAUACUAGGCCGUUCUAUAGAAGAGGCGAUAGGUCGGCAUCACGAUCACGUACCAGAAGAGACAGUAACGAUAGCUCUAAUAGUCCUCUAUUAACGACUUCUUCACCACCUCUUAGCGCUAGCAAAGGUUCCGGGAUGUUUAGUGGCAUUGCUGCUAUUUUCGGCAGUAAAAAUGACGAAGAAAUGACGAGAAGACGGCCGCAGGCGAGCAGAACCAGCAGUGUUGGCCACAUAGGAAGCGAUGGUAGUCAUAUAAGUGAUACAGACUGGGGAUAUAGUUCAAAUGAGGAGAUUUCGGAUGAAAAUGAUGACAUUUCUUCUGAAAUGGCUUCAUCCGCUGCAGCUAGCUUAAACGAUUCUGAGUCUUCAUCUGUUGCUUCAAGCAGACGGAGGCGCUCUAAUGAUUUCUUGCCUACAGGCACUUUUGCUCCUGAUCCCGUCUUUGGAGAUACCAGAAUACCGAUGGAGAUAUCACAAGAAGAAACGAUAAAUCCAGAUUUAGAGUUCUUCGCUAAAUCUGAUAAGCAAGGUUGUCAAUCCAGGCAAAAAAUCUACAUCCAAGAAGAGGAUGUUAGUUUAUUGAUCAUUGGCUUCCGUAGAUCUACUUUUGGUCACUUGUUAUGGUCUUUAGGUGUCGUUCUCACAUUCGGUUUACUCUCUCUUAUCGGACGCUGGAUACCAUCACUAUGGUUGAGAUUGGCCUCCAUUGAGGCGCCGUUCGUUAGUGAGUCUGGUGAUAAUCAGGCUACUUCUAUCAUCGUAGAGACACAAUUUGGGCAUGUUAACAUAUACAAGAUAGACUCGAUGCCAUUUCCGUAUCCAAUCUCAUCAAUAUUUCCACAUGACACGAUGCACUUCACACCUUCUAUUAACAAAACCAAAACUACCGAAACGGUUGAAUCUGCGGGCACUUCCAACUCUUCGUCAGCAGACAUAUUGAGAUUUUUCGAUUACCGUUAUACAAGAUUCAUUUUACAUGAGGACCAAGGAGUCUUCCGAAUGAUCAGAGAUUGGCGUGAUCCACGUUGGAUUUCUCAGACUGCUGUCGCGGGUGGUCUUCCAGAAUCAAAACGCGAAGAGCGCAGAUUACUAUUUGGGCUCAAUGAGAUUGAAAUUGAAGAGCGUUCUUGGGGUCAGCUGUUUGUCGACGAGGUUUUACAUCCAUUUUAUGUCUUCCAGGUUGCUUCAAUUGUGCUCUGGAGUAUUGAUGAUUACUAUUACUACGCGUUCUGUAUAGCCGUUAUUAGUAUUUCAUCAAUCAUCAGUACACUUCUCGAGACAAAGAGGACUGUGAAACGGAUGAAGGAAAUGUCAAAAUACUCCUGCUCAGUAUGGUUAAAGUCUAACAAUGAAUGGCAAGUAGUAGAUUCGACAUCUUUACAGCCAGGUGAUAUUUUUGAUGCUGCAGAUCCAAAUUUACAUACGGUACCAUGCGAUGCUAUCCUCCUCAAUGGUGAUGCUAUAGUCAAUGAAUCAAUGCUUACUGGAGAAUCAGUUCCCGUCGCCAAAGUUCCAAUUUCAGAUUCGUUAUUGCGUACUUAUGCAAAGACUGAACCAAAAGGUACAACGGAUAUUUCACCAAAUCUUGCGCGUCAUUUUGUGUAUUCUGGUACAAAGAUUGUUAGAGUUCGCGGUGAAGGCAUCUUACCCAAUGGUCAAGAAGGUCCUGCAUUGGCAUUAGUCACUCGUACUGGAUUCAAUACGACAAAAGGUGCACUCAUUCGUUCAAUGCUCUUCCCUAAACCUAUGGGGUUCAAGUUUUACAGAGACUCUAUGAAAUUUAUUGGUGUUCUCGCUGGUAUCGCAUUUUUAGGUUUCUUAGCAUCUAGUGUCAACUUUGUCAAACUCAAUAUCGCUUGGCACACUAUCAUGAUUAGAGCACUUGAUCUUAUUACUGUUGUUGUACCACCUGCAUUACCGGCCACAAUGUCAAUAGGAACAUCAUUCGCUAUCAGUAGAUUGAGAAGGAAGGGUGUAUUUUGCAUUUCACCAACAAGGGUCAAUGUUGGAGGCAAAAUCAAUGUAGUUUGUUUUGACAAGACCGGUACAUUGACUGAAGAUGGUCUUGAUGUUCUUGGUAUAAGAUCAAAGGAAGAUGCAACCAAUAGAUUCUCAGAAUUAUACCAGUACGCUACAGAAAUGCCACAUAGUAAAGAGAAUCAGGCUCUCCUAUACGCCUUAGCUACUUGUCAUAGCUUAAAGCUUGUUGAUGAGCAAGUAAUUGGUGACCCCCUUGACAUAAAGAUGUUUGAGAGUACGAGCUGGACCCUCGAAGAAGGAAAGAUCGGUUCACGUCCAACGGAACAUCAAAGUAAUGAAACUGCACAAAAACAACCUGACAAGAAAGGCAAAGGCAAGUCUUCCAGAAUACCUAAAAGACCAUCAGCAUUAGUUCAAACGAUAGUGAGACCACCUGGUGGUAAAAACCUUUCAAGUGCAACAUCCAAAUCUUUCCUAGAAUUGGGAGUUAUACGCACAUUUGAUUUCGUUUCUAGUCUCAGGAGAAUGAGUGUCAUAGUAAAAAGACUUAAGUCACAGUCAAUGGAGGUGUACGUCAAAGGUGCACCUGAAGUAAUGUCAGAUAUUUGCGACAAAGACUCCUUACCUGAGGAUUACGAGGAUCUACUCUCAUACUACACCAAACAUGGUUACAGAGUUAUAGCAUUGGCUGGUAAAUCUAUACCGGGCUUGACUUGGAUAAAAGCACAGAGACUAAAACGUGAACAAGCUGAAAGCGGAUUACAGUUUUUGGGCUUGAUUAUUUUUGAGAAUAAGUUAAAAGCAGGUACAACACCUGCAAUUUCAACACUCAGACAAGCGCAUCUAGCAAUUCGUAUGGUUACUGGAGACAAUCCAAGAACAGCAAUUAGUGUUGCUCGUGAAUCAGGGUUGAUUGGUGUUGCUGGACAUGUUUUUAUUCCAACAUUCAUCAGAGGUUCAAUUGAAGACCCAGAUGCACAACUCGAAUGGUCUAGUGCAGACGAUGACAAACUGAAAUUAGAUUCUUAUUCACUUCGACCAUUCUUAGUCGAUGAAAACGUAAAUCAAGAUUUGAAUAUCGAAUAUCAAGAUUAUCAUUUGGCUGUCACAGGUGAUGUUUUCAGAUGGAUGAUGGAUUUCGCCCCUUUGGAAACAUUGGAAAGAAUGUUAGUGAAGUCGCAAAUCUUCUCUAGAAUGUCUCCAGAUCAGAAAUGCGAGUUAGUCGAGAGAUUACAACAACUUGGUUAUACAGUAGGAUUUUGUGGUGAUGGUGCAAACGAUUGUGGUGCUCUCAAAGCAGCAGAUGUCGGAUUGUCUUUGUCAGAAGCUGAAGCUUCGGUGGCUGCACCAUUCACUUCAAAUACACCAGACAUUGGAUGCUUCAUUGAAGUUCUAAAAGAAGGUAGAUCUGCUUUGGUAACUUCAUUUAGCUGUUUUAAGUAUAUGGCACUAUAUUCACUUAUUCAGUUCACUUCUAUCACUUUACUAUACUCAUUCGCAUCUAGUUUAGGCGAUUUCCAAUUCUUAGCUAUUGAUCUGGCAAUUAUCUUACCAAUUGCUGUCACAAUGGGAAGAACCUUACCAUAUCCAUCUAUUCAUCCUAAGAGACCAACGGCUAAUUUGGUAUCCAAGAAAGUACUGACAUCGAUCAUCGGACAAACUUUAAUAUGCUCGGCUAUUCAGUUCUUCAUUUUCUUUGAUGUUAGAAAACAAUCUUGGUAUGAACCUCCAGAAGUCAACCUUGAUAAGUUGGAAACGAGAAAUUAUGAGAAUAGUGCAGUCUUUAUCGUUUCAUGUUUCCAAUAUGUACUGGUAGCCCUAGUAUUUAGCGUUGGACCACCAUAUCGUCAACCACUUUAUACGAACAUACUGUUUUUGAUCACUUUGGUAGUAUUAUUUGCAUGCGCAAUUAUAAUCUUGUUCUUACCAUCUGGAGCGGUAUUUGAUAUCUUAGAGUUAAUGGAAUUCCCUUGGUCGUAUCACCUGAAAAUCCUUGGGGUAGUAAUAGUGAAUGUGAUAGCAUCAUUGACAUUUGAGAAAUAUGCAGAAAAGAAGGUAGCAAAAUAUGUAGGAAGUCUAUUACGUUCAUGGAGACAUUGGAGAAGAGGUGACUAUUCUAAACCAAGUAAAGCAUACAAGCAUGUAGAAGGAAAUUGGCGGUAAUUUAAGCAUCAUUUGUAAAUCAAUUUUAUAAUGCAUCUAUAUAAUUUAUCUACUUUUCUGAUUGCUCCAUCCGGUAGUUAGUUUUAUACUAAUUUCUCCGCUGUUGCUCUAGAUUCAAUAAUUUCACUAACAAGUCUACGCAUAUCUUGAGCUCUCUUUUGACCUUCUUCGAGAACUUCAACAUGGCUGACAAUUUCUGAUGGUUUGUAAACAGGUGGUGCAGUUCCGUUUAUUUCAGCGUCAACAAUAGCUUUAGCAGAUGGGUAAGUAUCAGGAAUUACGACAAAGUUAGUAACGAGUGAAAGAACCAAUACUUUAACUCCAGCGUGAUGAGCUGCGAUAACUUCUGGGAUUGUUGACAUUCCUACUACAUCUGCACCUGCUUGUCUGAGGAGUCUACCUUCAGCUGGCGUCUCAUAAGUAGGACCUGUAACCCAGCAAUAAACACCCUCUACUAUGGCAUCUCUAGCAAUACCAAUCUUGUGGGCUGCUCUGUGUGCCAAAAGACGAAGAUCGAAUGAGUGCGCAUCGCUUUGUGGAAGGAAUCUAGGUGGUUGAGGUGGCUGUGGGUUUAGUCUUUUCAAUGCUUCAGUUUGUAUUGGCACCAAUGGUCCUUUGAGUGGGUUAUCCGAACUGAGACCAGGGAAUGCAAUGUGAUCAUGAAUGGUGACAAUGCUUCCAGUUGGUAUUUGAGGGUUGAGUGAACCUGCAGCAUUUGUAAUGAUGAUACUUUCUAUUCCCAUAUGUGCCAUUGUUCUAAUUGGGAAAACGACUUGCGUUGAGGACCAUCCUUCGUACAUGUGAAAUCUACCCAACAUACAUACGACUGGUACUUUAGUUUCUUUGCCUAAGAAACCAAAAGCGAGUUUAGAUUUGUGUCCACUAACACCACUCUCUGCAAAUCCAGGUAUACGAUUGUAUUCCAACUCGAAACGCUGAUCAAGGUCAUCUGCGAGUGUACCUAAACCGCUACCGCAUACGAUACCAAUAACAGGAUGUCUGAGGUUCUCUGGUACGAUAGAUUUUAUAACUUUAACAGCGUUUUCGAUGUCGGUGAUCAUAGUUUAGCUUCAAGCCGUUAAAUCCGUUGCUCUCCAAAAUACAACCAUCUAGAAAUGGUAGAGGAACAGUCAAGCAAGCGUAAUAGUGGAAUUAAAAAUGAUAAACCCGUUUGGGAUAGUUGGAAGUGUAAGCUAAGGUAUUAGAAUUAUGUCAGCGAGGUUGAACGACACUCUGCAGCUCUCAGCCCUCGUAAUAGAAUGGUGAUAGCGGGAUCUGUGUUUGUAUUCUCAGCUAUUGGCUUAUACGUAUCAGAUAGGCUUGAAGAAAAGUACCCAGCUGUAAAUCCUGCACUUUU